AUGAAGUUCCUGGCCCUGCUUUUCCUACUGUCAGUGGGCGCAGCCAGCGCCGAGGAGGUCUCGCCCCGGGCUGUGUGGCUGUUCCGUGAAAUGAUCAAGUGCACCCUGCCCCAAAGCCACCCACUGCUGGAAUUCAACGACUACGGCUGCUACUGCGGCUUGGGGGGCAGCGGCACUCCCGUGGACGAGCUUGACAGGUGCUGCCAAGCCCAUGAUAACUGCUACUCCAAGGCAAUGAAAAUGGAAUCCUGCAAAUUCCUCCUGGACAACCCCUACACUAAGCUGUACCACCACAGCUGCUCUAAUGGGCAGAUCACAUGCAGCAGCAAGAACAGUGAGUGCGCCGCGUUCAUCUGCAACUGCGACCGCACCGCUGCCAUGUGCUUCGCCAAGGCGCCCUACAACCCCGAGCACAAGGAGCUGGACACCGACAAAUACUGCAAAUAG